AUGGCAGCCCUGUGGAUAUUCGUGGCUCUUGGUUACUUGCUGCUGUAUGCGUUCGCGGCGAUGCAAACGCAGCAAUGGCGUGUCAUCAACCGCAUUGCCAUCUGA